UAGAUCCGAGUGGAAAACCUUCAUCCGCCACCUGAUCGAUUAUAGAUCAGUAUAACAGCGAUUUAUAUCGAUCAGUUGAUCCUGCUGAGGCCGACAGCUGCUUUUAUUUUGAAGAGCUUCCUGUUUGCUCUGACAGUUACGGUACCGGUCCGGUGGUCCGACAGUCCGAUACUCUGGACGGAGCAGCCGAUCGAUCAGCUGCUGUCACCGAUAGGAGCUGAUCAGGUAUUUAUAGGAGCUGAUCAGGUAUCUAUUGGAGCUGAUCAGGUAUCUAUAGGAGCUGAUCAGGUAUUUAUAGGAGCUGAUCAGGUAUCUAUAGGAGCUGAUCAGGUAUUUAUAGGAGCUGAUCAGGUAUCUAUAGGAGCUGAUCAGGUAUCUAUAGGAGCUGAUCAGGUAUUUAUAGGAGCUGAUCAGGUAUUUAUAGGAGCUGAUCAGGUAUCUAUAGGAGCUGAUCAGGUAUCUAUAGGAGCUGAUCAGGUAUUUAUAGGAGCUGAUCAGGUAUUUAUAGGAGCUGAUCAGGUAUCUAUUGGAGCUGAUCAGGUAUCUAUUGGAGCUGAUCAGGUAUUUAUAGGAGCUGAUCAGGUAUUUAUAGGAGCUGAUCAGGUAUCUAUUGGAGCUGAUCAGGUAUCUAUUGGAGCUGAUCGGGUAUCUAUAGGAGAUGAUCAGGUAUCUAUAGGAGCUGAUCAGGUAUCUAUAGGAGCUGAUCAGGUAUCUAUUGAUCAGCAGCUGAUCGAUGGAGGAGCAGGUCUCUGAACCCAAACUGGUUCUGGUCUUCAGCGGGAAGCGGAAGUCUGGGAAGGAUUAUGUGACGGACCUGAUCAAGAACCGUUUAGGAGCUGAUGUUUGCUGCAUCCUGCGACUGUCUGGACCCCUGAAACACCAGUACGCUCAGGAACAGGGUCUGGACCUGGACCAGCUGCUGGGUUCUGGUCCCUAUAAGGAACAGUUCCGGGCCCAGAUGAUCCUUUGGGGAGAAACUCGCCGCCGCCACGACCCCGGGUUCUUCUGUCGCCUAGCAACCAGAGGAGCCCGCCAACCCGUCUGGGUGGUGAGUGAUGCGCGGCGGCGCUCCGACCUGAACUGGUUCCUGUCAGAGUUUCCUCAACAGACUCGAAGCGUCAGAGUUCAAAGUUCACAAGAGACACGACAGCAGAGGGGGUGGAGCUUCACCACAGGUGUGGACGAUGCAGAGUCUGAGUGUGGGUUGGACAGCGGGGUUGAAUUUGAUUGGAUUAUCACUAACGAGGGCGACGCCCCCUCGUUAGAGGAGCAGCUGCAGCCAAUCCUGAAGCUCGCUGAGGAAGCUGUGACAUCAUCACUUUGAUAGUCGCUGAUCAAUAAUCUGUUUGUUUUUAUCUGAUUAAUAAAGAUUUCUUC